UAAGGAAGGGUGUUAAAAUUUGUAUAUUAGAUUCUAAUUUAGAAAGAAAAGAAAAAAAAAAGUUGAAUAUAAUAAUAUGGGGUUAAUGACAAUUUUGAAGAAAAUGAAGGAAAAAGAGAAAGAAAUGAGAAUACUUAUGUUAGGACUCGAUAAUGCUGGGAAAACAACAAUUUUGAAGAAAUUUAACGGUGAAGAUAUCGAUACAAUUUCUCCAACACUUGGUUUUAACAUAAAAACUUUAGAACAUAAUCAGUUUAAAUUGAACAUUUGGGACGUAGGCGGUCAAAAAUCUCUUCGAUCUUAUUGGCGUAACUAUUUUGAGAGUACUGAUGGUUUAGUGUGGGUAGUGGAUAGUGCAGACAAAUGGAGAUUAGAUGAUUGUAAAAAAGAACUUAAGACGCUACUUGCCGAAGAGAGGUUAUCCGGUGCAACUCUUCUGGUAUUUGCAAACAAACAGGAUUUAGAUGGAGCUUUAACUUCAGAUGAAAUCAAAGAGAUUCUGGAACUAGAUUCUAUCAAAAGUCACCACUGGCAAAUUCUUGGAUGCAGUGCAGUCACUGGUUUGAAACUUCUCGAUGGAAUGAAUUGGCUUGUAGCCGAUAUUGCUUCAAGAAUAUUUACAAUGGACUAAUUGUGUAUCAAAUUAAAAAUAUUUAUAAAAACAUUACUAUUUAAAGA